UGAGCUAGAGCUGGCGGGAGUCCUGACCGUGGGUCAGAACCCGUCCUCCUCCUCUCCUCCACCACCUCCACCGGGAGCCCUGACCUAAUUCCCCUCCUGGCCAGUCUUCCACGCCAGCUUCUUGCUUGCAACGGGCAGGAGUGACAUGACAGCUAAGAUGCGCUCCUCGGCCUCGGAUGCAGAGUUUGAUGCUGUGGUUGGAUAUUUAGAAGACAUUAUCAUGGAUGAUGAGUUCCAGCUGUUACAGAGGAACUUCAUGGACAAGUACUACCAGGAGUUUGAGGACACUGAGGAGAAUAAACUCUCCUACACGCCGAUUUUUAAUGAAUAUAUUUCACUGGUGGAAAAAUACAUCGAAGAACAGCUGCUGGAACGGAUCCCUGGGUUUAACAUGGCGGCUUUCACGACCACCUUACAGCACCAUAAAGAUGAGGUAGCUGGUGACAUCUUCGACAUGCUGCUCACAUUUACAGAUUUUUUGGCUUUCAAGGAAAUGUUUCUGGACUAUAGAGCGGAAAAAGAAGGCCGGGGACUGGACUUAAGCAGUGGUUUAGUGGUGACUUCGUUGUGCAAAGCAACCUCUCUGCCAGCGUCCCAGAAUGACCUGUGGCACUAGGUCCCACCUCCACCCCAGUGAAUGGGCUCAUUCUGGACGUCACCGGCCCACAGGCUCCAAGCAGCUCCAGGCCAUGGCCACAGAAUACAUCUUGGAAAGACUG